CGGCGUGCUAGACACGAGCUAGGAUAGGCUGUGGUGCCAUCAAAUUCUCAUCCCCUUCCCUUGGAUUACAGACCAUUCACUCCUUCAUUGCACCACAACGCAGACACACGGUGUGUAACUCUCUCUCUCUCUCUAAAUGGUUGGGCCGUAGACGACCAGAAAAUGGCUGUUUCAUUCUACUCGGCCGUUGGCUUCAAUUCUAUGUUAAAAGCCAAGUACCAGAGCAUGUCACAAUUUUCUGCUGGAGCUUGUAUACCUACGGCUUCCCAAUUCACAUCUUCAUUCGGAACAUUUAGGCCAAAGAGGGAUAUAAGCAAGAAAAGAUGGGGCUUAUGUCUUUCAGUUGCUGAUAGCAAUCGUCUUACCACAGAGACCGAUGAUAAGGCUUCUGGAAAUACUGCAAGUUCUCCUUCUGAUGACCGAUUACCAAUUGUGAAUUCUUCAUCUUUGGGUUCUUCUGCCAACGACAGUCAGUUCCAAACUAGUGUCCUAGAUCAGUCAGGGACUCAAACCUCUGAGCCUUCCAAUGGGUCUUCAGUUUCCUCAAGCCAGGAGCGGGACGCACCUCUGUCACCUAAUGUGCAAUCUAAAUCAAAAAGAUUGCCGCUAACAGCUAGGGAGAGACUGAGGGCAGCCAAGGUUCUCAGGCGUUAUAACACUGAAACAAAGCCAACUAAAAAAUCAGAGAGGGGCAAGAAUGUAUUAGAUGCUCUCAGAGACAGUGAACGUGGGAAGAAAAGAUCCGGACUUCCAGAGGCCCCUACAAACAUUUUUGACGACAGCAAGCGAGGGAUGCCAAAGCAGGGCCUAACUUGGGAUUUUCCAGGGGGUGCUGAUUUGUUUCUAAUUAUCUUCUCAUUUGUAUUUAUCAGCACGGUCAUGUUUGCUACAACUUACGUUGUUUGGAAACUUGGUGCCAUCCAUUUCAAUGAAAACUGAGGGAUGGACUGUGGAUUUGAAAUCAACAUCGGGCGAGCCACCUUGAUGCCUCCAUAUACCAAAGUUCUCCUUCGCAGCCACAGCCACAGGACUAGGAUUUGAAAUCAUUUUAGGCAAGAUAUACACGUCAAUGUACAAAGAUUUGCAGGGUCAAUAUUUGUUGUAUCAUGAUCAUGGGUAUUCAACAUUUACUGCUCGCAUACUUUUGUAGCUUCAUUGAAGAUAGACAUAUAUGGUAACAGCUAUUCAAUUCCUUGAACUUCUUCC